AUGAACGAAACAAGUAAGAAAUUAAACAAACAUACCUCGCCUCUCCACUCGUCAGAUCACCUUUGGAUGCACAAACCCAGCUUCACAGCGACAAAAACCUUACUAGCUUCAGCAGCAGCAACACAGUCUAGCCCUUUCCCAGUUGUAACCCUUAUCUUUCGCAACCAACCAACCACAAAGGGUGGACUUGCUCUUCUUGAACUGUCACCUCUAUCCAAUUCAUUCACAAACACAAAACAACUUGCUUUCAUCGCAGCCUGCCACUUCCAAUGCCCAUCAUCCCCUUCAACCUCUGUUCCAUCUACCACUGCAUGCCUCACCCUUGAGCAACAGCAUAUCACUGCUACUUUGGAAUCUCAGAAUCUCGGUGAGCUUGGUGAUUGCCAGAGUUUAGGGUGUCCAAAUGACCCUCUUCCCUACGGUUUCCAUAUGGUACUUGUCAUUCAAGACAUCAUCAAGAAUGUCUUGUCCCUUGUGAACCUUCAUAUAUGUUACUUCGCUCUAAGCCAGUUAACCUACCUCUGGGCCAUGGCCCAUCAUCAUCUGUGGUCCUUGCAAGAGGUGCGCAGCACCUGCUUUCUUUUCAACAAAGAUUUCUGUGCUAUUUUCCGAGGUUUUGGCCCUGCGGCGAGCGGACCACUGCCCCUCAGUUCAAGCUUCGUAGUCGAAGAUGAAGAUUUCUGUGCUAUUUUCUGGGGUUUCAGCCCUGCGGCGAGCGGACCAUUGGCCCACAGUUCAAGUUUUGUAGUCGAAGAUGAGGGUGACAGGGAGGAUGAGCACUGCGAAGCACCUCUCACGCCGUUGUCUUUUUUAAUGCAUGUACACCACAUCCACAUCACUGUUCCUGGCAUCGCUGAAGACUGCCUCAACAUUGAUUAUAUGUAUCGACGUCCGCUAAACGGGGGCCCACAACGAUGGAUUUUCGUCUGCAAAACCAAUGCCCACCAGCGCCGACCUUCCAGGAAAACAAAUUCACUCAGAGUUACAUCACCUCGGAUGUCCGAUGCUCCCCAAGUUUUUCCAACUGUUCCCAACGCCCUGAACCCCUCCUGGUCCCAAGACGAUGCAUCGUCGUCCGCAAAACGCUCGCACGCCACCCUCCAGCCUUCGGAACAGUUCCAUCUUGCCAUGAAUCUCCCAGGUUACGACAUGACAUAG